AUGAGCAGCGAUGAUCAUGUCGGAGAAACCCAUGGUCGGCGUGACCCGAUCCGGUGGUUGCUCGGUUUUGGUUUCUUCGUACAAGGAUUUAGAGGUUUCCCAUGGCUUGGAGCCAAUUUCUUCCUCACAGAUGAGCUCCGUGUGAAUCCUUCAGUGCUUCAGCUUCUCCAGAACUCAGCCAAUCUUCCAAUGGUCGCUAAACCUAUCUACGGCAUCGUUUCAGACGCAGUCUACUUCUUUGGCGAGCAUCGAAUCCCAUACAUAGCCAUUGGUGCUUUGUCGGUAUAUCUUCUCCUUAGCAAUCUCGGUGCUUCAUUAGUAGAAGUUGCAAACGAUGCAAUUGUUGCUGAGGCCGGAAAGCAAAAAGGCUCCGGUGAGCUACCUUCGUUUGUUUGGAUGGCUUCUUCUCUUGGUGGAAUCUUUGGAAACCUUUUAGGUGGUAUUGUUAUCAAAACGUUUUCCGCGCGGUCAACGUUCCUCGUGUUUGGGAUUCUCGCUCUUCUUCAGUUCUUGGUAACUGUAAACAUGAGAGAAAAAUCUCUUCAUCUUCCGGAGAAUCAUCCAUCACCAGCUGGUAUCAGAAAACAUCUCUCUGACCUUUCACACGUGUUGAGGAAGCCCGAGAUUUCUUAUUCCAUUGCCUGGUUUGCUUUAUCGACCGCUCUAGUUCCUGUUCUGACAGGGACAAUGUUCUUUUACCAAACAAAGUUUCUGAAAAUCGAUGCGUCACUCCUAGGGAUCUCCAAGGUCUUUGGUCAAAUCGCAAUGCUCUUAUGGGGUCUUGCAUACAAUCGUUGGCUAAAAACUGUCCCGCCCAGGAAACUGAUUACAGCCAUUCAGGUAACGAUAGUGAAGGUGAAUCAAAAGCCUAACUUUGAAACAGAGGUUUUCAAACCAAAGGCUUUUGAUCAGUCAAGGCCCAACAACAUUCAAUCAAAGAAGCCCACCGAGACUGCAACUCUGCAACGGUCGACUGCAAAAGAUAAGAAGGAGGAACCUUCGAGCAGCCACGUCACACCUGAAGACAAAGAAGCAAGCUGGCGUACAGACUCGAAGGUUGAAACGAAGAACGCCUUUGAUGCUCUCAGCUCUCUACCUGAUGGUGACAAAUGUCAGGAGAACUAG